AGGAAGACUGUGAUGACAAGUUGCAGAGUUUCUCUCUCCAGCUCUACAAGGAGGGACUUGCGGAUGCAGCCGAGCGGAAAGAAAAGAGGACGCGGAGGAAAAUUCACAUUUUGUUGGCGGACCCUCGGUGGUGAAGGUGCUCUUCCACUUUUCAAUUGGUUCGUCAAACUGAAAGUCGGAAAGAAAAAUUCCUGGGCUUGAAGGGGCUCAGGUGGUUUUUAUAUUUCCUCACCUGAAGUGUCCCUUAAUCUUCCUAGCCUGGAGUGUUUUAAACCUGAGGUCAGAGUCAAACUAGCAAACAAUUGGACUGGAAGGACUUUGUCGAACUCAGAAGUUGAAGGUGUGGUUUACCUGAAACAUGGAGGUCACCAGGGAACUUGCUCUGCUCUCCCUUACCUGCUUGUGGAUGCUGACAGGAGGAACAUCACUGAAAAAAGGUUGAGAACCACUGUGCUAACCCUUUUGAAGCGUCACCACCGCAUUCAAGCAGCCUCUCCUCGGCGAGUCAGGCAUAUGGGCACAGAUCGUGAUGCCUCAGCCCCACAUGGAUGUGAUUCAGGGACAGAUGGUAGUUCUGAAGGCCUCGUACAACUCAGCACCUUUUAGUGACUUGAGCACCAACACCAUUCUCUGGAACCUUGUGACCGACAACACUCAGCUGAUCAUCUCUUACACAAAAGGCUCGAUGAGCGUGGGGAGUUCCCAGUUUAAGGGCCGGGUUGGGUUCACCUCUAGCAUGCCCUCAAGUGACGUGUCGCUGUACAUCAACAACACCCAGGAGUCUGAUUCAGGUCGCUACCUCUGCCAGGUCAUCAGUCCAGAAAACCCUGGCCUCACCGCUGAGCUCAGUCUGGAUGUCAAGGUGCCCCCUGCUGUUCCAAAAUGCAGUUUGUCAGGAAAACCAGUGGUGAAAGGGAACGUGACUCUGAGCUGCAGAUCCAACAGUGGGAAGCCAAUUCCUUUGUAUAAGUGGAGGAAAACAAGUCCCACCUCUGAGGUUUUCUUUUCACCGAUGCUCGACGAGAAGACGGGCGCUCUGAAGCUGAGCAACCUGAGCAGCAACAUGUCGGGGAAGUAUGUGUGCACUGCCAACAAUGCAGCCGGUUCAGAGAGCUGCUUCAUCAACCUGGAGAUCGCCUCAUCCAAUAAUGUCGGGAUGAUUGUGGGCGCCACUGUGGGUUCAGUGGUUGGCUUCAUCUGCCUUUUCCUCCUUUGCUUGUUUUUCCUGCUGAAGAGGCGGCGAGACAGUGAAGAUGACAUGGCAAAUGAAAUCAAAGAGGACGCUCAAGCUCCCAAACGGGUGUCCUGGGCGAAAAGCGGCAUGGGUUCCGACAUCAUCUCCAAGAACGGCACUUUGUCCUCCAUCGCCUCCAGCCCACAACACAGAGAGCCCUCCAACCACCACCACCUACAGCACUACCCCCAGCGGCCUCCCUCCGACACAGGCUCCAUCAUCACAGCCGUCGGCGGCACGGCCGGCUACCGGCAGUCACGCCAUCAAGGGGUCUCCACGCCGACCCACUACGGUUACAACGACAACACCACCCUACCGCGAGGGCAGCCUGACCCUUCGGAUGCCAAUGGGAGCGCACAACCCAGACCAGAGCGCUUCACCCAGCUGCCGCAGGCCCAGGCUCUCCCACAGACCUAUAACCAGUCGCACGCCACUCCAACACCUCCACCACUGCCCCCCACCACGGUCACGGCCUCCAACAUCACCCGCAUGGGUGGAGUGCCCAUUAUGGUGCCUGCACAGAACCAGGCUGGCUCUCUUGUCUAACAGCAGCCAUUUCUUUGCAAAGAAAAUCUGCAUACCGUGGAAUAUUGUCUCUUUCCUUAAAGAGGACAUCUGCAGAUUUUUUAAUGGAGCUUCUCUUAUCAUUCUAAUUUACCACUGAAUUAAUUAGUUUAAAAAAAGGCAAUAUCCAAGCAUUUAGGACACUCACUCCUUACUUCAAGUACAUGUACCUAAAUAUUUUUAUAUUCCUAAUAUACUGUAUACAUUGCUAAAUAUAUGUAAAUGUGAUUUUUCAUACAAUCUUUUCUACUUUGCAAUUUUAUUGUACUCAAUUGCACUUGCUUUUAUUUGUUACAUUUUUUUUGCCUUUAUGGAUUUCAUGAAAUGCUCUUAGACAAUUAUGUAAACACAGUUCAUUUAGCUUGAGCACGAUUUUGGACUGAUUGGUUGUGUGCUUUUAAUUUUCAAGUUCUUCUUUCAAGAGCACUGUAGUGACGUGCAUCUGAUAGAUCAGAGACUACAAAAUAUUAAGCCAGGAAAUGCUACUUCAACCCAUAAGAAGCCACUUUAAACAUAAAAAAAAAAAAAAAGUCAGUCCCUCCAGGAAACAGCAAUGCAUUACAAUAUAUUAACUCUUUAUUGCGCAAAUGGCACAGUUGUAAUAACACUUACUUCCAGUUCCUGUCGACAGUGCUAAGCCUUCUGGGUAAUGUAGUAUAUAAACAUUUACUUCUUAGUUUACAUGUAUUCAUAUAUUUAUUUAACCUUUAUUUAUCCAGGGCAAGGCAAUUGAGAAAAGCUUCUCAUUGGGUGAGAUGAUAAUCUCUCAUCGUCUUUCAUUUACAAACAAAAAUUAACAAUAUGCAGUAGACGGCUCUUAACAGUUCACAGAUGCUCUUAACAUGAAUUAAUGUUUAAGAUGGACAAAUGCUUUUCAAGCGUAAAAUAUACACAGAGAAUGUCUGAAACUUGUGGACGACAGACAAACAGUGUCAGGAAGCCUUUGGUUUCUGUAAUUGUCAUUAAUUAUUACUGUUUUUAAAUAAAUUAAUCAAAACAGUACAAUGAGCUUUGUGUAUGUGUUUUUACUGCCGUCUAGUGUACAUUUUUAAGUCUGUGUGGUAUAAAACAAAUAAAACAUCAACACAGUAUUUAUUUUCCAAUUUGAGUUGAUAUCUUAUGCUUUUUCAGGUUACAAUUACAAAUUCAUAAAAUCACAAUUUGAUUUAAUGUUUUUAGUAUAAAAAUGUUUUUAUUAAAAAACAAAACUUUCUGAAAAAGCUGCUGCAAAUUCAAACAUUCUAGAAUGCAAAAAAAUAAAAAAUAAGCCAGUGAAUACCUGGAGGGACUGCAAUGUGCUAUAAUUAGUUUUAUACAGCUUUGUGCUUAAAUGUGUAGGACACAUCUGAAGUGGUUACCAUGUGACUAUACUCAUGUCCACUGGAUUAUUAUGGAGUAAUAAAGCCACACAGAGAAUAAAUUAAAUAAUACAAAAAUACUAUGAGGAUUAAGUCGGAAUAUUACAAACAUAAAGUUCGAAUAUGGAAAAUAUUUGCUAUGUAGUAAUUAGGAAUUACUGAAAGUAUUGUACAAGCAAAAGGGAGGAAUUUUAUGACAAAUUUGAAAUAUUUAGAGGAAAAAGUGAUAAUUUUAGAAAAUAAAAAAUGUAAUAUGGAUGGAAGAAAAAAAAUCCAAAAUAUAUGACAAUGAAAGAAAUGAAAGAAAAAGCUGUUAUUUUAUGAGAAUGAUCAUGUGUUUUUAAGAUAAAAAAAAAAGUCAUGUCUUAAAAAUCAUACAUAAAAAUUCAUAAUAUGACAUGAAUGAUUUUGAAAAUUCUAGGGUAAAAGUGUAUAAAGAAUAAGUUUGCAAAAUUGUGAGAGGAAACAUAAAUACUUAAAUACUCUUAUAAAAUAAUUAAAAAAAUACUCUUCCUUAAAUAAAAAUACUUGAAAAAACGUACAUUCUCAUGUUUAAAGUUUGCAUUGUACAAAGAAACUGCCAAAAUACAAUACUAUGAAAGUCAGAAUUUUUACACAAAUAAAAUUGUUUAAGAAAGAUGUCAAACUUCUAAAAAUAUUACGGAAGAAAAAGCUAAAAAUAAAGUUGUAUGGUCAAACUUUUAAAAUAUCUUAAUUCUGCCAUUUUAAGACUUGAGUGUAAAAAAACAUAACUGCUUCCGAUGGGUUAAAUCAUGUUUUUAUUGAAAUUUUCAAGCAGCGUUAGAAAUGUCAAUAUUCUAUUUAUUUUAUUCUAAUUAUUCUAGUAAAACAUAACAUCAGGCGUGUGUGUGUGUGUGGGUGCAACUUCCAAUUCUCAGAUUUCAUGUCAUUAUCUGCCUUGAAGACUGGAUGCUGAACCAAAGAGAAACAAUAUGCAUCGUUUUCAUAUCUCACCAUGCUUUUGUUUGAUUUCUAGCCAUGAUUGCUAUCCACAGUUAUUACUUUUCUUCAUGUGUUGUUGAUAGCAAGCAGCUUGGCCAUGGUUGUACUGUACUUCAAAGUGCGCCUCUUCAAAGCUCUUUUUAUUGGCUCUCGGCAUGUUGUGAAACAUAACAUUAAUUAAUGAAAUAUAUUUUUUAAAUAUUACGAUAAUAUGCUUUGUUGCCUAUAACUCAAAGCUAGGAUGUUUUGCUAUCUUUUUUUUACCUACACUGAAUUAGUUAUAGUAUAUUUUGAAAAACUAUUUGGAUUUAUCUUUGAAAUAUGUACAGUAUUAUGUAAAUUGAUAGUCAUCAGGCCUGCUGUAUUGUCAUUACACUGGAGAUAUUAUUCUCUUUUACUGUAAUGUGGUUUGAAGGUCAAGAAAGAAAUUGAGAUUGUUGCUUUUGUCAGAACAGUGCGGUGAAACUUUCUAGCCAGCUGGUGAAAACAAAAUAGUGUGUUUUGAAAGUUUCACUUACACACAAAAGUGAGUUUCAUCAUCUUUAUGUCAUAAAAAAGAACUGACUCACGCAAUAUUCACCAAGCUCAGUAUUUAAAAUUGUAAACUGUGGAUUAUAAACAAUAGGAUUUUAUUGAUGAUAGAUGCAAAGUAUUUAUUUUUAUAGAUAUAAAAUAUUAUACCACUCGUGCACCAUACAAAAUGAGUAAUGUUUUAUGAACUGAAGUGCUAUAUCAGUUAUGAUGGACUGUACUUCCGUACUGUAUUGUACUACUGUACUGUACAAUUGUACUUGUAAUGAUUGGUCUUUUUUACUGAUGGUCUCAGUUUGAGACACCAUCGUGCACAUGUACCGUCCAUAAUUACAAUAUGUUCUUAAAAAUGCUUUGUAUGGUAUUUUACAUUAAAAAGUCAAGAAGA